AUGUCAUCUUCAAUAACGGAUGAAAAAAUAUCUAGCGAACAACAGCAACCAGCUGGCAGAAAGUUAUACUACAACACAAGCACUUUUGCAGAGCCACCUCUAGUGGACGAAGAAGGUAACCCCAUAAACUAUGAGCCAGAAGUUUACAACCCGGAUCACGAAAAGCUAUACCAUAACCCAUCACUACCUGCACAAUCGAUUCAGGACACUAGAGAUGAUGAAUUGCUGGAAAGAGUUUACAGCCAGGAUCAGGGUGUAGAGUAUGAGGAGGAUGAAGAAGAUAAACCAAAUCUAAGCGCUGCGUCCAUAAAAAGUUAUGCUUUAACGAGAUUUACAUCUUUACUGCACAUUCACGAGUUUUCUUUGGAAAACAUCAACCCCAUACCCGAACUGCGCAAAAUGACGUGGCAGAAUUGGAACUAUUUUUUCAUGGGUUACCUUGCGUGGUUAUCAGCGGCCUGGGCCUUCUUUUGUGUUUCAGUGUCAGUAGCUCCAUUGGCAGAAUUAUAUGAUAGACCAACCAGGGACAUCACCUGGGGGUUGGGGUUGGUGUUAUUUGUUCGUUCAGCUGGUGCUGUUAUAUUUGGUUUAUGGACAGACAAGUCUUCCAGAAAAUGGCCUUAUAUUACAUGUUUAGUUUUAUUUGUUAUCGCACAGCUUUGUACUCCAUGGUGUGACACAUAUGAAAAAUUUCUGGGCGUAAGGUGGAUAACCGGUAUUGCAAUGGGAGGAAUUUAUGGGUGUGCUUCCGCAACAGCAAUCGAAGAUGCUCCGGUGAAGGCACGUUCUUUUCUAUCAGGUUUAUUUUUUUCUGCCUACGCCAUGGGAUUUAUAUUUGCUAUCAUUUUUUACAGAGCCUUUGGUUACUUCAGAGAUGAUGGCUGGAAAAUAUUAUUCUGGUUUAGCAUUUUUCUACCAAUUCUACUAAUUUUCUGGAGAUUGUUAUGGCCUGAAACAAAAUACUUCACCAAAGUUUUGAAAGCCCGUAAACUAAUAUUGAGUGACGCUGUGAAAGCUAAUGGUGGCGAACCUUUGCCAAAGGCCAAUUUCAAACAAAAGAUGGUAUCCAUGAAAAGAACAGUUCAAAAGUACUGGUUAUUGUUUGCAUAUUUAGUUGUUUUAUUGGUCGGUCCAAAUUACUUGACUCAUGCUUCUCAAGACUUAUUGCCAACCAUGCUGCGCGCCCAGCUAGGCCUAUCCAAAGAUGCCGUUACGGUCAUUGUAGUAGUCACCAACAUUGGUGCUAUUUGUGGGGGUAUGAUAUUUGGACAGUUUAUGGAAGUUACUGGAAGGAGAUUAGGCCUGUUAAUUGCAUGUACAAUGGGCGGUUGCUUUACCUACCCUGCAUUUAUGUUGAGAAGCGAAAAGGCUAUAUUAGGUGCGGGUUUCAUGUUAUAUUUUUGUGUCUUUGGUGUCUGGGGUAUCUUGCCCAUUCACCUUGCAGAACUGGCUCCUGCUGAUGCAAGGGCUUUGGUUGCUGGCCUAUCCUACCAACUAGGUAACCUAGCUUCUGCAGCGGCCUCCACGAUUGAGACGCAGUUAGCUGACAGAUACCCAUUAGAAAGAGAUGCCUCUGGCGCCGUGAUUAAAGAAGAUUAUGCUAAAGUUAUGGCCAUCUUGACUGGCUCUGUUUUCAUCUUUACAUUUGCCUGUGUUUUUGUAGGACACGAAAAAUUCCAUCGCGAUCUAUCCUCUCCUGUUAUGAAGAAAUACAUAAACCAAGUGGAAGAAUACGAAGCUGAUGGUAUUUCGAUUACUGACGUUGUUGAACAGAAGACAGAAUGUGCUUCAGUGAAGAUGAUUGAUUCGAACAUCUCAAAGACGUAUGAAGAGCAUGUUGAGACUGUUUAA